AUGGACUCCACAAUUUAUGAUAGCACAAAUUCUUUUUCUUCUAUUUUAUCAGUUGAAGCCGUAUCUACAAAUGAAAUCCGAACAAGUGAAAAUAUUGAUUCAGUCGACGAAGUUGGAACAAAUGGCUUGGAUUCACAACAUCCUAAGGUAUCAGUGAAAAUAAAUGGCCUGACUGCUACUUUGGAUAAUGGGUUGAUAAAUAUCUCUUUUGAUAGUCACGCUACUGUUUCUUCUUUAUACGCAAAUGACCAAAACCGUGUAGAAAAUGUAGCUGUUGGUGAAACUUUUUAUCUUGAUUGGCAUAACGGUACUUUUAACCACUUUUCUCCCAAUUCGCUUGAAGUGAUCAGCGAAUCAGCUAAACAUGCCCACAUUAUGUAUCUUCAAGACAGUCCUGGAUUUCUCAAGCUUGAAUAUCAUUUAAUAAUCAAACGAGGAUUGAGUGGUAUUUAUACCUACGUAAAAAGUACAAAUAACCAAGACCAUCUUCUCACAUUUGGCGAGCUGCGUGUCAUUUAUCGAUUCAACCCCAAAGCAACACAUCAAGUCACUAAUAGCAUUCAACAGGGUAUCUUGCCAGAUUCAAGUGUGUUGACCAAUGACACAUUAGUUCAGGAUACAACAUGGAGACUUAAAGAUGGUACUAUCUAUACCAAGUACGACUAUGCUGGUUAUAUAAGGAAUUCGCCAUAUCUGGGAGUAUUUGGGGAUGGAUAUGGUGCUUGGCUGUUAUCCGCUAGCCGUGAAUACCAUUCCGGUGGUGCUCUAAAACAAGACCUCCUGGUUCAUCAGGAUGCCCUGAUAGCAAACUAUAUGACAGGAGCCCACUUUGGAACACCAGAACUAAAAGCACCUGUUGGAUGGUCAAAAAUUUAUGGUCCCUGGCUACUCUACUUUAAUGAGGGAACGGACGAUGAGAUGAAGGAAGAUGCAAUUCGUCAAGUUAAGGUGGAACAGGAUCUUUGGCCUUAUAAAUGGAUGCAUGAAACAGAUUAUCCACUUAAGAGAGGUUCCCUAACUGGCCGGAUCACUGGACCUCCGAGAAGCAUGGUUGUACUUUCAUCUUCCUUGAAAGAAGAGUUUGACCUACAGACUCUUGGAUAUUCGUAUUCCAUUGAAACAAAUGAAAAUGGAGACUUUCAACUGGAAAAUAUCAGGCCUGGAAUAUAUAAGCUAACUGCAUAUCCCAUAGCAGGUUAUGGAAUUGGUUUUCAGGCAGAAAAACAGAUAACCGUCACUGCAGGAGCGAAUAGAGCCACUUUGAAUUUAGUGGUUCCCACAAAAGUAAAGUGGUCCAUUGGAGAAACAAAUAGACGAUCAGACUCAUAUCGUUAUAGUGACAAGCCAAGGAAUUAUAUUUGGCAUACGUUACCACCCGCAAAUCUAGAAUUCUAUAUUGGAAAAAGCGACAUCCAUACUGAUUGGUAUUACGCACAAACUAAGCCGGGAACUUGGAACAUAAGGUAUACUGAUACUGUAGAUGGACAAAAUAGAAUUUUACGAAUCGGAAUAGCAGCAGCAAGCAAUGGUGGUCCCACCUAUCCAGGAAUUCCUACUUUUGCUGUGAGUGUGAAUGAUCAUCUAAUGAAUGAGUUUCACUAUGACAAUGAUAAAUCUAUUUAUCGGAGUGCAUCACAAAGCGGAAGUUUUUAUUUUCAAAACAUAAAAAUACCGAGCAAUCUAGUAAUCACUGGCGAUAAUGUUGUAAGUUUAACUCUUCGUGAUGGAAUGUUUAUGUACGAUAGCAUAAAUCUUUCAAGCGAUGAAUAG